AUGGACAAAUAUAUUGGCCAAGAGAAAUUUAAAAUGAGAAAUUUAAAAAAGGAAAAUACUUCUUUGAAAGACUUAUGUGAGGAGCUAAAGCGGUCCCAUGAUGAGCUUAUUGAAUCUCAUGAGAAUCUCAAAGAAGCUCAUGAUUCUCUUGUAGCCAAUGCAUCCGAAAAUGUCAAAUUGGAUAUAAGCAUUACAUGUGAUUUAAUUGAUGACAUGUCAUGUGUAUCUAGUUCAUGCAUUGCAUCUAUGUUUGACAUGUCCACUUCUUGUGAUGAAUUACUAGAUAUACCUUGUAGCUCAAAUUUGGAUGCUAGUUCUUUCUCUAUGCUUGUUGAUACUAAUCUUGUAGAGGAGAACAAAGAGCUCAAAUAUGAGAUCAAGAAAUUAAAGAAGAAAAAUAAAAGGAUACUACAACUCAAAGACCAAAAAAGAGAACAACCGAACAUUUGUUCUACCAAGCUUGAUGAGAAGCCAAAGACAUCAAAGAGGCAAAUUGGAAAGAAGGAAUGCAAUGUGACUACAAGCAGAAAUAUGAAUUGUUAUAAUUGCCGAGGGAAAGGGCAUAUUGGUAAGAAUUGCCCAAAUGGUAAUACUUCUAAGUCUAUUCUUUUCAAUGAUCAUUAUUCACUUAGAAAGGCUAGAAAUUGUAUCAUAAUUUCUAAGGUACUUGAAGAGUUAUUGCAGGCUUGA